UCUGCCAUUUUUUCUACUCCUACAAUUACUCUACCUUCCAAUAUUCCAUCAACUACCUCUUAAUCUUCCUAGAUUCCUACCAUUCUCCACUCUCUUUUUUCUCCUCCUCCUUGUUCGUGUAUCGAUCACAAUGCCCUCUAGGCCAUCCCUCGUUGUUAAAGAGCAACCUCGUCUAAUCCAUCACCCGAGGAAAAACCAUGACUUAGACUUUCAAUCUUUAAAAGAAUUGCCUGAUUCGUUUGCAUGGUCAUCAUUUGGAGAUUCGUGCUCAGUUGAGUCAGGUAUUUUUGGGUCAGACACUGUACCUGUUAUCAGUCUUGAUGAUCCAAAAGCCCAACAAUAUAUUGGGCUUGCAUGCAAAUCAUGGGGAGUAUUUCAAGUCACUAACCAUGGAAUACAAAAGAGUUUGUUGGAUGACAUUGAGGCCGCCGGUAAAAGCCUUUUUUCAUUACCGGUCCACCAAAAGCUCAAAGCGGCUCGUGUAUCCGGUGGUGUUACGGGUUAUGGACCGGCCCGCAUUUCGUCCUUUUUCCCCAAGAGGAUGUGGUCCGAGGGGUUCACCAUUUUGGGAUCCCCUCUUGACCAUGCUCGUCAACUUUGGCCCAAUGAUUACAAGAAAUUCUGUGACAUUAUUGAGGAGUACCAAAAGGAAAUGAAUCGAUUAGCUAAGAAGCUUAUGCAUCUAAUUCUUGGUUCAUUGGGCAUAUCCAACCAAGAUAUUAUGAAUUGGGCCGAACUACUUGAAGGAGCUAAUGGAGCCAUGCAACUAAAUUCAUACCCGAUUUGUCCGGACCCAAAUCGGGCCAUGGGUUUGGCGGCUCAUACGGAUUCAACCCUUCUCACAAUCCUACACCAAAAUAGAACUUCGGGGCUCCAAGUGUUUAGAGAACGGACAGGGUGGGUCACGGUCCCACCCAUUUCAGGUGGGCUUGUUAUAAAUAUAGGUGACCUUUUGCACAUUUUAUCAAAUGGGCAGUACCCGAGUGUGUACCAUCGGGCCAUGGUUAACCGGGUCCAACAUCGUUUAUCGGUUGCUUAUCUCUAUGGGCCCGCUUCCGGGGUCCGGAUCCAACCCCUCCCAAACCUCAUUGAUGCCACCCACCCCCCUAUAUAUAGGCCGGUUACUUGGAGUGAAUAUUUGGGCAUCAAAGGUGAACAUUUCAACGAGGCUCUCUCAUUAAUCCGAAUUAAUAAUAACAAUAAUCCUAAUAGCAUUAAUCAUGGGACUAAUUGCAAGUGAUGAGCCUAAUAGCAUUAAUGUUGAUACGGAUAAGACAAUUCUCACUGCAUUUGGCUAAUCAAAUGAUGUUAAUUAUUAUUUAGACUAGUCAUUUUGUUUUUAAAAUAAACUUAUUGGUUUUUUUCACUUGGUUAUUGAUCCGAUAAUGAAUAGUGUCGAGAUUCAUACUGAGUUGUUGUUACCAUUACUACUAUUUAUUACUUUUUCAUCACGAGGUCUUUUUUCUUGUUUCAAGACCAUUUAAAUGAUCUUGAAAUUGAGGUAUUAAGUCAUGAUCUCAUGGAUUUACAAAUUUGUACAAUUAUUAGUAAUAAUAAUUAAACAUAAAUUGAUGGAGA